AUGUCAGAAUUAUCCGUUGAGGAACCUGAUCCUGAGGAUGACGAAAACCAGCCUGAUCCUACUCCUCCAAGUAUACCACAACCUCCUCCCAAAACAUCCACAAGAGUUCGAUCUAUAAAAAGAAGGACAGUGGGUGACAUCUUAGCAGCCAAGGAUGCAAUUCUUGCCGACCCUGACCCAAUCUCUGAAGGCUUGCCUGCCAGGAAACGGCACCGCAGUGCACAUAAUACUGACUUAGAAAAGGCGUUGUUUAUCUGGUUUACGCAAGUCAGGACAAAAAACAUUCCUGUUACCGGGGAUAUGAUAAUUGAAAAAGGAAAACAGUAUGGUACAGAGCUAGGAAUAUCCAAUUUCAAAUAUUCUGAAGGGUGGCUAACUCGUUUCAAACAACGUCAUGGAAUUUCUUCCAGAAUUAUAAGCGGUGAAAGUACCGGAAUUGAUGUGAGUUUGAUUACUGAUGGCCGGAAAGAGGCAAUAGAAGUAAUGAAAAAUUAUGAUUUGAAAGAUAUUUAUAACAUAGACGAGACAGGAUUGUUUUACCGAAUGUUACCCGAUCGCUCACUUAGUACUAGUGACCAUGUGAAGGGUACUAAAAAGAUGAAGGACCGCAUAACGAUCGCCCUUGUGUGUAAUGCUGAUGGGUCGGACAAGUUGAAACCGUUCGUUAUAGGAAAGGCAUUAAAUCCAAGAAGUUUUAAAGAUUUCAAUGCUCAUCUUUAUGUAGACUAUACUGCAAAUAAAAAGGCCUGGAUGACAUCUUUAAUAUUUUGUGAAUUUUUUAGAAAAUUUAAUGCACGGAUGCGACGAGAAAACAGAAAAGUCCUUCUCAUCAUGGAUAACGCGCCGAGUCACGCCGAGCCCCUCUUGUCCAAUGUCCGGAUCCACUAUCUCCCUCCCACAACUACAAGCCAUCUCCAACCCCUUGAUGCUGGAAUUAUUCAAUGCUUUAAAAGUUACUACCGUCAAAAACAGUUGAAACACCUCAUUCACUGUAUUGAUGACAAGCAACCGCCAAUCGUUCCACUUGAUAAAGAUAUUCGUUUUGUGAAACGAGCUUGGGAUGAAGUAAGCCCGACAACAAUUCAAAACUGUUGGCGCCACAGCGGAUUGACCGUGAAUGCCCACAAUGAUCACGAUAUAUCAACAUCUACCGAUUCCGGGGAAGAAGACUUUUCUGAUCUGUUGGCCGAGGCAUAUCGGAGAUUAGAAAUCGAUGAUGAUAUGCAGUUGUCUGUCGCAGAGUUUGUUGGUCUCGACAAAAAUUCUGUUAACUGCGACACACUAACUGACGAUAUGAUAAUGGAUUCAAUCACAAGAUCAGACGACGCUCCGAGUAUCGACGGCGACGAGUCCGAAUACGAUGAUGAUUUUGAAUCAAAAGUCCCGACAACAAAUGAAGCCAAAUCUGCCUUAGAAAAAGUUCUUCGAUUUUGUGAAACUUUUAACGACAAAGACGUGAUUGAAAAAUGUAUUUAUAUACAAGAUUUUAUUUCGAAGUCUACUGCAAGUAAAUCAAAACAAUCGACACUGGACACGUUUUUUAAAUAA